CGAGCACGGUAGGUACCGAGAGCUGGGCGGGGGGUUGGGAGCCCGGACGCCUGGGCUCUCUGCUCUAAUCUUGGGGCGGCAGAUCCCGGAGCCCGGACACUCCUUGUCCUAGAGGCCCCUCAUCCCCAACCCAGAGGAACCUAGGAGGACCUGAGACCCCCACACACUCCUAACCCCCCUUGCCAUGCACACGGGGGAAGGCGGCUUCCAUCCCCCCUCACCCAGUCCCUGGAGCCCGGCCCCCCGGGAGCUGCAGGUGACGGUGCGGGGCCCCAGCACCCAAAUAGACCAGUGCCCUGGGCUGGGCUGGAGGCCCAGGAAGACGCUGGUGGCCCUGGACAUUGCAUGUCUACUCAUGGCAGCUGUCCCCUUCCUGCUGUGCGAGCUGGGGCUGGUGCCCCCCGUGCGCCGCGGCUUCUACUGCAACGACAGCUCCAUCCGGUACCCGCUGAUGGCAGCCGAGACUGUGAGCGACGGUGCCCUUGUCUCCAUCGGCCUCCUGCUCUCCGCCACCGCCAUUGCCCUGGGUGAGAGCUACCGGGUGCGGCGCCAGGGCCUCGGCCCCCAGGCCUAUGCACCGGCACUGUACAAAGAGCUUGGCGCCUUCCUCUUUGGCUGCACCGUGGGCCAGUCCCUGACCAACGUAGCCAAGGUGGCUGUGGGCCGGCUGCGCCCCCACUUCCUAGCCGUCUGCUGCCCUGACAUGGCCCUCGUUGACUGCUCCCGGGGCUACGUGGAGGCCUACAUCUGUACUGCCAGCCCCUCAGAGGAGAAGGAAGCUAGCAGGAAGUCAUUCUACUCAGGCCACGCCUCCUUCGCCAUGUACACCAUGACCUACCUGGUGCUGUACAUGCAGGCACAGGGGGCGGGACGGCGGGCACCACGGGCACUGCUGCAGGCAACACUACUACUGCUGGCACUGGGCACGGGACUGACCCGCGUGGCCGAGCACCGGCACCACCCAGCCGAUGUGGCCGCUGGGCUGCUGCAGGGCAUCCUUGUUGCCACCUGGGCGGCCUUCCACAUCUCAGGCAUGUUCCAGCCUCAGCGCCUGGCCCCCCAGCAGCUCCCUCCCUGCUCGGACAGCCCCACCACCAUUGGCCACACCCACUGCUGAGGGGAGUGGAGCAAGGGCCAGGACCCCUGGGGGGCCACCCCCUGCUGGACACCUGGCCCAGGGGCAUGGGUUCAUCACUGGAAGACCCACUAUCCUAGGUCCCAGCAAGACAGGAAGUCCUGCUUUUUCUUGGACCCAGACAUUGCCAGGCAUGACAGGAAGUCCUGCCUUUUUCCUAGGUCCAGACACUAUAGGAAGUCAUUCCUUUCCCUGGGCCCAGGAACGAGAGGAAGUCCUGCCUUCCCUGGGUCCAGAUGCUACAGGAAGUCCUGCCUUUGUGCACAUCAUGGAAACUGGAGGUAGCUCUGGAGCAGUGGAGCAAAGCAUCACAGGAAGUCCCACCUCCUCUCAGAAGGGCAUUACAGGAAGUCUUGCCUUCCUUUGCCAGGACUUGGCAGCACCUACAGAGGAAGUCCCACCCCCCCACACCCCUUGCCAGGGCAUUACAGGAAGUCCCACCCUUCACGCUGGGAUUUCCCCCCUCAUUGAAGGAUAACACAGAGGUCCCUGACACCCCACCAGGAUCAGGUCUUCCCACCCCCUUCACCCCCCUACAACUGGGAGUGGGGCUUGGACUUGGCUAUGGGGCACCAGAGCGCCCAAACUACUACAUGAAGGACAAACCACAGGCCACAGCACCCAGUGGAGGGGAGGCAUCAGGAGACCCCACCUCCUCCAUCCCAGUGCUCCCAGUUGGCUAGUCCCAGUAAUGUGAAUAUGAAUUUUGUAAUAAAUGGUCCAGGCCAUCUGCUGGGCUGUGUGCAAGUCUGGAGCAGUAUCCCACCCCAGAGCUGCCUGCAUCUUCUGCAGAUAAAGCCUUGAUUGUCCCCUGGGAAGAGAGAACAGGGGCAUCCCAGCUCCUAGUCCCCCCUGCUCUACCCCCCCACCCUUCCCCCUUCCAACACUCUCCC